AUGGACGCAGAAAUGCUCGAGAGAACUGAAGAGGCUUUGUCGCACCUCACUCCCCAAGAUCGACAGCUCUUUGAGCGCCACCUUCGGUCUUUGCAAGCUGCUCACGACCAACUCGCCGCUCACCCUGACCGGGACCGGCUUGACGAUGAUGAGAACCGCCGCUACUUUUCUGAUCGCGAUGAAAUUGAGGCAGCAUUCGGACGUCUUCCCGAAGCAGUUACUCAACGCUUGCGGCAUGUCUUGGGCCUAUGGGAGGUGUUGAUUUUCUUUCUUGAAGAAUCUCGGGCUUGUUCCUUCGGCAUUCGAAGACGUCUAGCCCAGCAACUAUCCCAGUUCACUCUUUCCAACACGACCGCCGCCACUUUGACCACCUCCCCCGACGGCGAAGAUUUGGAAUGCACCAUUUGCAAUGAGGAGCUCUCCCUGCCCGACCAAUAUAUUGUUCAGCUUCCAUGCCACGCUUCUCACCUUUUUCACCGAGACUGCAUUCUGCUCUGGAUUGGACGCGACCGGACCUGCCCUAUUUGCCGAGCUGCUAUCCCACUUUCAUCGGACCCCGCCACCUGA